CACCUGCAGCGUCCACAGCUAUUUCCAUUCGUGACCAUUGCUUAAAGAAAACAGCCGACAUGGAAUGCCUGAACGAGUGGCCGGAGCCCAUUGUCCGAGUUCAAUCGAUGUCCGAGAGCGACAUGAAAGCCAUACCCAGCAAGUACAUCAAGCCACACUCAGAGAGACCCUCCUCGGAUUUGCUUGAUCAAACAAGCGAUAUUAACAUCCCAGUCGUUGAUCUUGGAGGGCUCUAUGGCAACGCCGUUGAUCGUGAAAAGACUACUCGAAUGGUGGCAAAUGCAUGCCAGGAGUGGGGAUUCUUCCAAGUGAUUAAUCAUGGGGUUAGUGUGGAAUUGAUGGAUAAGAUCAAACAUGUAUGGAGGGACUUCUUUCAUCUCCCUUUAGAGACAAAGGAAGAAUACUCCAACUCUCCUAAUACAUAUGAGGGGUACGGUAGCCGAGUUGGGGUGGAGAAGGCCACUGUUCUUGAUUGGGGUGACUACUUCUUCCUUAAUCUCAUGCCUUACUCUAUCAGGAACAUGGACAAAUGGCCCACCUUUCCAGCUUCUCUUGGGACCGUGAUCAACGAGUAUGGAAGUGAGUUGGCGAAAUUAUCUAAGGUUGUGAUGGGGUUGUUAUCAAAGAGCCUUGGAAUGGAGGAAGAGUCUCUACGUGAUGGGUUUGGAGGGGAGGAGAUGGGUAUGACUUUGAGGGUGAACUACUACCCAAAGUGUCCAGAACCCCAUCUGACACUCGGUCUAUCUGCACACUCCGAUCCUGGGGCCCUCACCCUUCUUCUACCUGAUGAUCAUGUCAACGGCCUUCAAGUUCGGAAAGGCGACACUUGGGUCACCGUUAAAACUGCUCCUAACUCUUUUAUCAUCAACGUUGGUGAUCAGAUUCAGGUACUGAGCAAUGGCAUUUUCAAGAGCGUCGAGCAUCGAGUUAUGGCGAAUUCAACGCAAGAGAGGCUGUCCAUUGCAAUCUUCUACAACCCUAAGAAUGAUGUACUGGUGGGGCCCGCACCCGAGCUUGUGACCCCAGACCGACCUGCCUUGUACCAGCCAAUGAACUUCGCUGACUACAGGCUGUGUAUAAGAAUGAGGGGCCCACGUGGAAAAUCAGACGUGGAGUGCUCGAAGUUGAACGGUGGCGAUGAUCCAUCCGUUCGUUGAUUCAGAAAAGAAUAGUCGUAAGCGGGUUGCAUGGUAGAUUGUGCACUCGUGUUAGGUGCGUGUUGCCUGAUGGGGAGCUAUGUGGGACCCAUUGCUUCUACCAAUAAGAGGAUGCUACCUCUCGUGUUAGAAAAAAAAUAAUAAGUAUGGCAUCUUUAAUGAUCAGUAUCUGAUCUGCAUGUGAAUCAAGACCGUUAAUAUUCAUAUAUAGAGACCGUUGAUGAAAACACAAAAUAUAUACUUCCAGAAUCUGGACCUUCAAUAAGGCACGCUAGUUGGUGGCACACAUGCGUGCACGUGCACACACGUGUCUAUAUGUGUGCGUGAGAGUAAUGCUCACACACAAUUAGUUAGACGUAUGACUAGCUACCUAAUUUUAGGAAUAAUUAGUGCAAAUAAAUGUUGCCUACAUAUUAGUUAUUUCAA